AUGACAGGCAGUGAAAAAACAGACAUGGGUGGUCAUGGACAUGGUCCGCCUUACACCAUACCUGAUUACAAGCAAUUCAAAAUCGAGGGAAUUCCUCAGCUCGAAGAGCUUGAAAAAGCUCUUGCCAAAAAGGGUCUCCGUGACCCAUGGAUCAGGAAUGAAGCUUGGCGGUAUCAUCCAGGAUUCGGUACUCGGUUACUUAGAGCGCGAAAACUGUUCUUCCGUGGCUUCCCUCUAGGCCUGGGUCUUACCAUUGCCACUGUUGCAAUCACCAAACUUACCGGCGGCGAUGAUGAGCACGAGCAUCAC